UUUACUUUAAAAGUAUGUGAUGGACAUCGGUGUACGAUUCUUUCUCCGUAUAGUUAUAGAGCAAACGAUGAGCUCAUUGCAGCGGUAGGCGUGACAGAGCCGCCCUAUAAGGCGUGUCUUACUCUUAAAAUUACUGAUAAUGUUGGAGGUGGUGAAAGUUAGAAUAGUUGAACUGAAGAAAAAAGGGACAUUACACUUUUAAGGAUUUUCCCGGCAAAAGCGCAAGAGCGUUGUAUCCUGAGGAAUCCUUUAACGGAAAGCUUCAGUUUCCAAAGUACCCCUGUCAGUGUGGAGUUAAUAUCAUCAUGCCUGGCUGCAGCUCCCAUGCAUGUUGCCUCGUCGCCUUGCUGUGCCUAUUGGUGCCGUGCGCAGCCCAGUAUGAGGCAUGGGGCUAUCCGGAAGCCUACGGUGAAGCUGAGCAGGAGCACUACACAGCCUCGGUGCUUCCGCCUGACACCCCGAAGAUUCAGCUGCGCCUGGCAGGGGAGAAGCGCAAGCACAACGAGGGUCGCGUGGAGGUCUUCUAUGAUGGCGAGUGGGGCACCGUCUGUGACGAUGACUUCACCAUUCAUGCUGCCCAGGUGGUGUGCAGGGAGCUGGGCUACAUAGAAGCCGUGUCAUGGUACCCAGGUUCGAAAUAUGGCAAAGGAGAAGGGCGCAUCUGGUUUGACAAUGUGCACUGCACUGGCAAGGAGAAAACCCUGGCCCAGUGUUCUUCUAAUGGAAUUGGGGUGUCCGACUGCAAGCACACAGAAGACGUAGGAGUGCUGUGCAGUGACAAGAGGAUUCCCGGCUUUAAGUUCGUCAAUACCCUCACCAACAACGUUGAGAGCUUGAACAUCCACGUGGAGGACGUACGCAUCCGUGCGAUCCUGGCAUCUUACCGCAAGCGCAUUCCAGUCACAGAGGGCUACGUGGAGGUGAAGGACGAGGGCAGAUGGAAGCAGCUCUGUGAUGCGGACUGGACCCCGAUGAACAGCCAUGUCAUCUGUGGCAUGUUUGGCUUUCCUGGGGAGAGGAGAUACAAUACUCGAGUCUACAAGAUGUUCGCACGUAGGCGGAAACACACCUACUGGGAUUACUCUGUGAACUGCACAGGAACCGAGUCCCACCUGUCCAGCUGCAAACUUGGGCGCAGUGAGGCAGAAAAAAUCAAUGGCAGCUGUGCACAAGGGUUACCAGUGGUGGUGAGCUGUGUCCCUGGACGGUCAUUUGCUCCCACACCCAUGGCCGGCUUCAGAAAAGCUUUCAGGCAAGAGCAGCCUCUGGUACGCCUCAGGGGCGGCGCCAUAGUAGGAGAGGGCCGUGUAGAGGUGCUGAAGAAUGGCGAAUGGGGCACCAUCUGCGACGACAACUGGAACCUCAUCUCUGCCACGGUCGUGUGCAGAGAGCUGGGCUUUGGCACUGCCAAAGAAUUCCUGACCGGCGGCCGCCUGGGCCAAGGAAUGGGCCCAGUCCAUAUGAAUGAGGUGGAGUGUUCUGGAUUUGAGAAGUCCAUCACCGAGUGCUCAUUCAACAAGGAGUCGCUGGGCUGCAGUCACGAGGAGGAUGCCGGCGUGAGGUGUAACGUCCCAGCCAUGGGCUUCCAGCAGCGGCUCCGCCUCAGCGGAGGACGGAAUCCUUUUGAGGGGCGGGUGGAGGUCCUGGCAGAGAGAAACGGCUCCUUGGUGUGGGGCACAGUCUGCGGUGAGGGCUGGGGCACCAUGGAGGCCAUGGUUGUGUGUCGGCAGCUGGGCGUCGGAUUUGCCAGCCAUGCCUUCCAGGAAACGUGGUACUGGCCUGGCGAGGUGAGCGCCGACAGGGUGGUGAUGAGCGGAGUGAGGUGUUCAGGCACAGAAAUGUCCUUAUCUCACUGUCUGCAUCAUGGAGAAUAUCUCGACUGUCCAAAAGGAGGGGGCCGCUUCGCCGCUGGAGUUUCCUGCUCAGAGACGGCUCCCGACCUGGUCCUGAACCCCCAGAUCGUAGAGCAGACCACCUAUCUGGAAGACCGGCCCAUGAUGAUGCUGCAGUGUGCCUAUGAGGAGAACUGCCUAGCCAGAACAGCCAGCCAAGUCCCUGCCAACUCAUACCGGCGUCUGCUCCGCUUCUCCUCGCAGAUCCACAACAAUGGCCAGUCUGACUUCCGUCCAAAGGCUAGUCGCGAAUCCUGGGUCUGGCACGACUGUCACAGGCAUUACCACAGUAUGGAAGUAUUCACUCACUAUGACUUACUCAGCCUUAACGGCUCCAAGGUAGCUGAGGGACACAAGGCCAGCUUCUGUCUGGAGGAUUCGGAGUGUGACGAAGGUAUUGAAAAGAGAUACGAAUGUGCAAAUUUCGGUGAACAGGGUAUCACUCUGGGAUGCUGGGAUACAUACAGGCAUGACAUUGACUGCCAAUGGGUAGACAUAACGGAUGUCAAACCUGGGGAUUACAUAUUCCAGGUGGUAAUUAAUCCCAAUUACGAGGUGGCCGAGUCAGAUUACACCAACAACGUCAUGAAGUGCAGGUGUCGGUAUGAUGGACACAGGAUAUGGAUGUACAGCUGUCAUAUAGGUGGCUCAUUCAGUUCUGAGACUGAAGAUACGUUCCCAGGACUUCUAAACAACCAGGUGACCCACAGGUAAAAAGAGGACAAGACAACAAAAGGAUCUACAUCUUACAUCCAGUGAGAUGAAAAGCAGCUUAACUUCUGAUUUUUUUCAGUGGUGGACGGAUGCUUUUUUUUUAGUCAUAAUAAAGUUCAUGGGGGUUAUUCCAUAUGUAAGAAGCAACUGAGAAUAAUUUCACUCCAUUCAGUUUUUCAUACACAAGUAAGCUUGCUUUGUGAUAAAUUGCACAAAUCACAAAGUAGUUCAGGUCAAAAUUCAUAAGCCUUUCAGCACCACACUUCAGUAAAUUAGCCAUGUAAUUCCCAUCUUGCUGGCAUGUAAUAACAGAUGCACUUUUGGUAUUUUGAGGUAAAAUUAUUCAGUAUAUAAAAAGAAUCUACAUUCUCUACAUUUUUAACUUGAUGAAUACGCCUUAGUCCAGACGUCAUGGUUCCUAUAUGAAAGAUAUUUUAUGGUACUACACAGUAAUACGCAAAUCUGUACUACUGUUGUUCUCUCUGCCCCCUUCAACUUUUAACACAGAACCACUUUGUAGACAAUUUUUCACUGAUUCUCUGAUGUGGCCAUUUUCUUUAAGACCAACCAAUCACCUCCUCGUCUAGAGGUCUUAAUAGUUUUCAAGGGUACAUCAGUGUAAGUACUAACACCUUCUGGACAUACAAAAAAAUACCUCAGCGAACCUAGUUUCGAUUUAAAGUCUAUGACACGGGGCGUUUAUUCCGGGUGACGGUACCUUCAUCUUGAUUUAAGAUUAUAUUGUAUGCCUGUUCAUUUCAUUUGACACUAUGUAAAGACUACAGAAAAUCCUUACAGACUAAACAAAAACCAAAAUUACCAUAUGCAUGACAAGUUAAUCAUGAAUAUACAAUUGGCUACUUGUGCCAGUGGUUGUAAUUAUACACGUUGGACCAAUGCAUAUCACACACAGUGCACAUGGAUACUUGAGCAUUAUACAGUACAAGUGGAAAAAUCAAUAGAACUCCUGUGGACAGUUAAAGUAUGAUUUAUAAAAAGUAAAGGAGAAUUUCAUUUAAUUUUUUUUUUCUACACGUGGUGAACAGUUUCCAGCAAGUCUUUAAUGUAAAUUAUUGAUGUAAAUGUCAGGGAUUGAUUCAAUUGUUUUACCAUUUGUAUAAACAAACCUAGAGUGUAUGCAAAUGUCUGAUUAUCGUUUUCCUUCAUAUUUGUAAUGGUGCUAUCAAACUGUGAUCCUCUGUUUUACGAGGGUACACGUUGCCGGCUGGUGAAUGGUUAUGUUACCUAUGCUCAUACUUGAAUGGAGAAUAAAAUCAAUAUUGUGCUUUUGCCAUAAUAAAUAAUAGAAUAUUAAGCAGACAAA